UGGGAGCUGGAAGAGAGACAGCGCACCCCUGAAAGCUGCAAUUCUGCUGUUGAUGAUCUACAAGCUGAAGUCAGUCAACACGUCAAAGGCAUAAAGAAAUGACUCACUUGGAACAAACAUUUCUACGCACUGCCAUCACUGAGGUCUUGCCUGACCUUCCAGAGAUGAUGAAAGAUAUCCUGGAAGAGACCUUAAAUUCGCUUGGGGUGGAGACAUCUGAUGAUUUUCAGUUUAUCGAGGAAGCCGAUUUGCUGACAGCCUUGAGGCCAAUUCAAGCCCGAAAAGUCCUUGCUGCUUGGAAGCUGAGAUGCCAGACUCCUGAAACCAGCAGCCGAUAUAGACUGGGUGGAUACAUUUAUGAUACCGUGGGAUAAGUUCCCAGACUUGCAGUCAUUGGAGAGAGAAAAACGACCAAGUCCACGAAUGAGAAGGGAGAUGGUCCGGAUUGUGGUAUGUGAGAUGACACGAAAAAGUUCUUGCGUUAGUAGAAGAAACACUACUCAAGUUGCCAAACAGAUGGUGGCAAAAUAUCCCAAAUCUCUUCAAGACAUAAUCGGAGGAGAUGUGAUAGGGCCAGGGUAUCGCUCUCUUGUAAAGCAACUGCAAAACAGGAUCGAGAAUGUGAAGCGAUCUAGACAAGCCCAAAAGUGAGAAAGCGAAAGCAGCGCACUGAUGAGUCCGACACAGGCGAAGUCCCUCCAGAACAGAGAGCAACAAUCCAGGACACUUAUGGUUGCGUUAACUGGGAUUUAAAAUCCCUGCCCCGUGGAGAGACUCAUGAGAGCCAGCAGGAGAAGAAAGAAAAACUGAAGAUCAUGUCUCAACAAACUGAUGCUAAUCCAGAGGAGGUCAAACUUCUAAUGAAGUUGACUUUCUACACACAGCAUGAGGAACCAGGGGAAAAAUGUACAAUUCCUCCUGGAAGAGUGGCCGUUUUGGUUCGACGAACUCGGCAUGGCAGUCCACUUCAAGGAACUCACCGGAAUUGGGCUCAAAGAAACUUUCACACGGAAUUUGGAUCUGAAGGGGGAACGGCUCCUGAACUACAUGAAUACUGUUUGUUUGAACAAGAACAAAAAGUUCUUACAGGCUGUUACAAAGUCUAAAGUGAUGAGGGGAGAGCUGAGUGGUUGCUCUGAAGACGUCAAAGAGAUGCUGCUGCUUCUGCUUUCCUACUUUGAUGAGAAGCAAGACUCGAUGCUCUGCCAUGUGGAGGACACAUGCCUGGCAGAGGAGGUACAGAUGGACCAAGUUCACCUGACUCUCACCAUUGUUGUGUGUGGACGAUCCUGUUAUUCUUCGAGACGGUUCAUGCUGAGUGUGGAUCGAAACAUUGUACACGACAACAUCCCCUCCUUCGUUUCUGCCCUGUGCAUGAUGUUUGGGAGCUAUUAUUGUUUCAACAUCCAUUACCCAUCAGAGCUGGCAUCAACCCUGGAGUUUCUGCAGAGGUGUUUUUUCUCCAUCAACCCGGAGAAGGGCACUAAAGUGGAGAAGAAAAACACGUCCGUUCACGUGAACCCCCGAGUCCUGACCUUGAUUCAAGAACUUUCGGAUCAUGAGUGGCGUGAUCUUUGAAUAUGGACUAAACUCAGUAAGAUUCAUGCCAUGUGCCCACUCACAGUUUGAGUUUGUUUCAACUCCGUCUGCUCAGUUCUUCAAGCUUAAGAAAGUUAAAGUUUCAGACGAAAUUCUUACAGAGUUUGUUUGCAGUUUUUAGUGAAUUUUAUUGCACUUGUAUUUCUUCACUUGCAUACCUAUACCUCAGUUGAAGAGCUUUUUUUUUUUGAAGAUAUUGUUACAUGGAACAUUUAUUCAUAGCAAAUAACCCCUUCUUUCUUUCCAUCUUUCCUCAUUCAGUUAAUACAUGUUAAUUAUAUAUAUAGAAUACGCCACCUUCUCACUCAGAAGGCGGUGCAGGUUCUGGUCCAGGCCCUGGUCAUCUCACGCCUAGACUACUGCCCCCCCCUUCUGGCAGGUCUACCUGCUGCUG